UGUCCUCCUAAAAUUGGAGAAAUCCCAGGGGAAUGUUCCAUGGCCUCUCCCUUUAUUUAACUAAAGAAAAAGGACUCCUCUGCCUCCUUUUUGGCCAUGAACCUCUGGUGUUUGUGGAUUAAUUUUCCUGCCAGGAGUAAUUCUCAGUAGUUCCAAUGCAUUUUCCAGCUACAGCUGUGAUAGUGGCGUUACGUUUUACUCCUCAGUGAGAACAGAGCAUUUCACACUGUAUUCGGGUGUGUCAGCAGCAGGGACAGUGACACUCAGCAGUACAUUAAGGAAGAUGCUGUUUUUCAGCCCAGGAGAUUGCCUUUCACCAGCUCAGACAAAAGCACCUCCUAAGACUUUUUCACCAUGAAAAAUUCCUGCCACUAUCCUGGCACAUGGCAUCAGGAGUUCUGAGACCUUUUCCCUUGGGACUGCAAAUCCUUCCUUAGGCAGGCAUGGAUGGAGAAUUUAGGAGAAUUCUGAGCACUGAUCCUUCUCUGCAAAUCUGUGGCAAAGAAAAAAACCCCAAAGUUUUGUCUGGCCAUUCUUACUGUGGUAAUUUUUCAAGAAGUUGUUAUUUAAGAUGGAAGAGCUCCUCUUGUAUCUUAACCCCAUUUCUGUGAGAAUUAAACAAGAAAAACAAAGAGAGGGAAAAGCCAGUGACUAAAAAGACAUGGACAUGCCUUGCUUGUAACUGGCUGGGAAAUCCAACAGGAGAAACACACUUGGCAAGGAUUCCUGCACCUGAUUAACUGCAAACAAAUUUAAAUAAAUAAGUUCUAAAAAGGACAAAGCAUUGAGUGGAAGACAUUCACCCUGAAUCAACACAGAGAAGACUGGUCACCCUUUCUGAGGCAAAGAGCUGCUAAACAGAUAAUUCUGGUAGCUGCCAAACAGAUAAUUCUGGUAGCCCACACUCUGUUUAGCACAUGCUUCCAUCUCCAAGGAACUGAGGCAAAGCCUAAUUAAAUGAAGAAUGGAAAGAAGGUCUCCUAGAUAAGAAGAAAACCAGUUUUUGGGAGGAAGAUAAAACCUGUCCGGACCUUUGGAGUAGUUCAAAGGAAGGACUGGCUAUAAAAGCUGGAUCGUUCCAGUGAGGACAUCCUGCAAAGUGAAUGUGAGAAGCCACAGAAGCCCUUACACACAGAAAUUUCAGCAAGGAAAACAAAUGGGCGAAGAAAGCUUGAAGAGAAGAAAAGGAGAGGACAAAGGAAGAGAGGACAGACAAUCCAUCCAGAGUCAUGAGCCCCAAACGAUGAACCUACAGAAGCAGGUGGGCCUGAUUAGUGGAAUCUGUAUGAUUGUGGGUACCAUCAUUGGCUCAGGUAUCUUCGUUUCUCCAAAAUCAGUUCUUGCCAAUGUGGAAGCUGUGGGUCCUUGUUUAACCAUCUGGGCAGCCUGUGGAGUUCUGGCAACAUUAGGUGCACUUUGUUUCGCUGAGCUUGGUACAAUGAUCACAAAGUCUGGGGGAGAAUAUCCUUACCUCAUGGAGGCUUUUGGGCCAAUUCCAGCCUUUCUGUUCUCUUGGACGAGCUUGCUGGUGACCAAACCCAGCUCCUUUGCCAUCAUCUGCCUCAGCUUUGCAGAAUAUGCAUCAGCUCCUUUUUACCCGGGCUGUGACCCACCCCAGGCUGUCAUCAAGUGUCUGGCAGCUGCUGCUAUUGUGGUAAUUACAAUUGUGAAUUCAUUGAGUGUGAAGCUGGCAAGUUACCUCCAGAAUUUUCUCACAGCUGCUAAAAUGAUCAUUGUCACAAUCAUUAUUGUAAGUGGAAUUGUUCUACUUGCACAAGGAAAAACUGAUAACUUUAAAGAUUCUUUCAAGGGCAGUAAAAUUUCUGUUAGUUCUAUCAGUUUGGCAUUUUAUAAUGGACUCUGGGCAUAUGAUGGAUGGAAUCAACUCAAUUACAUCACAGAGGAACUUAAAAAUCCUUACAGAAAUCUGCCACUGUCUAUAAUUAUUGGAAUCCCCUUGGUCACAGUUUGUUAUGUUCUGAUAAAUGUUUCCUAUUUCACUGUGAUGACUUCAACAGAGCUCCUGCAGUCCCAGGCUGUUGCUGUGACAUUUGGAGACAGAGUCCUUUAUCCAGCCUCUUGGAUAGUUCCUCUCUUUGUGGUAUUUUCCACACUUGGAUCUGCCAAUGGCACCUGUUUCACUGCAGGCAGACUUGUGUACGUCGCAGGUCGUGAGGGGCACGUGCUGAAGAUUCUGUCCUACAUCAGUGUCAAGCAUUUAACACCAGCACCUGCCAUUAUAUUUUAUGGGGCCAUUGCUAUUAUUUAUGUUAUUCCUGGUGACAUUAAUUCCCUCAUAAAUUACUUCAGCUUUGCAGUCUGGAUAUUUUAUGGUUUAACUGUACUUGCACUAAUUGUUAUGAGGUUUACAAGGAAGGAACUCAAGAGACCUAUCAGGGUCCCCAUCAUCAUUCCUGUCAUAGUGACACUGGUGUCAAUAGUGCUGGUACUGGCACCAAUCAUCAGUGCACCUGAACUGCCCUAUUUGUACUGUACUUUAUUUAUACUUAGUGGACUUAUUGUUUAUGCACUUUUUGUUCAUUUAAAAUUCAGAUGGGCACAAAAAAUAUCAAAGCCCAUCACUAUGCACCUCCAGAUGCUUUUGGAAGUCGUUCCAGAAGAAGACGUUCCUGAAUGAAGUAUUUUAUACCCACCAGGUUGUUUUAAAGUGCUCUACUGGUUGAAAUAUAUUCAAUUUAGUUUGGCACACAUAUAUAUUUGCUAAAUUGUUAUGUUGGUACUGGUGUAUUAGUUUUGCAACACUUCAGUACUUCAAAGCAUCAAAUACAUAUAAUAAAUGAUUUCUAAGCCAGACUACAGUGUCUAGCAAAGCUGGUUUCAU